AGCCAGACAGAUGUCAAGUUGGAUAACGAACAGGCACACCGGUAGGAGAGACGACAAGUUCUUCACCAAAACAUCCUCCUCCUCUCUCUCGGAGCCUCAUUUUGAAGACCGCCCCCCCUUUGAAUUUUACCCUUCACAAACCAACCUCCUUACUACUUCCCUUCAUUUUCAGCCCGCCCUCCUUCGGCUUGCCCUGUCACUUUCGGGAUCUCUUUGCUUCCCUUGACUUUUCAAAACCAGCCCUGAAUGUACGCCCGCUCCCAAGAAUGUGGACCGAUCUGAACCUCUCAGACAUCCAUUCUCUGGACCGGAGUCAAGCCCGCGAGAUUCUUGCUCAGAUUGCACGUGUCGAGAAGAAAAGUUUCCCUGCCAAUGAGGGCAUGAGCUUUGGGGAGGAACUCUGGCGCAAGAAGCCCAACACGAGGGUUCUGUAUGCGACGACAGCGCAAACUUCAAGCGCAAGCCCGCCUGUUGUUCUAGCCUAUGCGGUCUACGUUCGCCAGAAGGGCCUUGCGCUGCUCCAUAAGGUCUGCGUAGCGGAGUCUUAUCGCCGUCAGGGAGUAGGGGUCCAACUAAUGGACUAUGUCCGAACUCGUCUGCAAAAGGAGGGUUGUCAGUAUAUCCAGCUAUGGGUGGACAAGGACAGGGCUCCCGCUAGAGCUUUGUAUGUCCGCAGUGGCUAUCAAGAGCGGGAAGAGAUUCCCGAUUACUAUGGACCUGGCCGGACUGGCAUUAGGAUGGUCCUGGAUCUGUAGUCGAAUGGGCCCUUGAGGACCUUGAAUUGUUGCUGGCCCCUGUCACUCCUGCGACAUCUUCUGUGCCCCUCGAUAAACCUGUCGCUUCAGAACCAAAGAGGAAAAGCGUCGAUUUCCCUCUGGCCAUCUGUCAAAUACCUCCAAUUCUCCGAGUCAGGGUGCUGACGGUUCCGAUGGUGGUUGGAGGGUGAUUCGCUCCUUGGCCUUCCGUCGCCAUCCCUUGCAGGAGGGGGGGUAGAGCCUACAUUUCACAACGUGAGCAUUAACGCGCCGUGAACCAUCAAUCUCUAACCAUUCCCAUACUCAAGUGACGUCAAACAUAUCCAGGCAUGGCUCUUUUUGAAGGGGAUGCAAGCUUCGCGCCUCUCCUG